CUGGUGGGAGGGGUUCUGUUUCUGGACGUGGUGGAUACAAAGGUGGGAGAAUUGGACAUGGCGGAGGACGCACUGGUAUUGGUGCAAUGGGGGGAAGGCGUGGUCCACAUGGCCGGCAUCGAGAUGAUUUGGAUAAGCUUUCCCUUCCAAAACAAGACUUUGGAAACUUGGUGCCCUUUGAAAAGAACUUCUAUGCAGAGAGUCCCUCUGUGAUGGCGAUGACUGAGCAGGAGGUUACAAUGUAUCGCGCAAGUCGUGAAAUUACAGUUCAAGGCCAUGAUAUUCCGAGGCCGAUUCGAAUGUUCCACGAGGCAACUUUUCCUGCAUAUUGCCUUGAGACUAUUUCAAGGUUGGGCUUUGUUCAGCCGACUCCUAUCCAAUCACAAGGGUUGCCAAUUGCUUUAAAGGGCAGAGAUCUGAUAGGAAUUGCAGAAACAGGUUCUGGAAAAACAUUGGCAUAUCUGCUGCCUGCUUUUGUUCACAUCAGUGCACAGCCACAAUUGGUGCAUGGCGAUGGUCCCAUUGCGCUAGUGUUAGCACCUACAAGAGAACUGGCUGUUCAAAUUCAAGAAGAAGCAGUAAAGUUUGGUUCACAUGAAAAUCUAAGAAGCACGUGUAUUUAUGGAGGUGCCCCAAAAGGCCCCCAAAUACGCGAUCUUAAAAGAGGAGUUGAAAUCAUCAUUGCGACUCCUGGUCGGCUAAUAGACAUGCUAGACGCUCAACAUACAAACUUAAAAAGGGUGACAUAUCUUGUUCUGGAUGAGGCGGAUCGAAUGUUAGAUAUGGGAUUUGAGCCUCAAAUCAGAAAAAUUGUUGGCCAGAUUCGGCCGGAUAGACAAACAUUGUAUUGGAGUGCAACAUGGCCAAAGGAGGUUGAAAUUUUGGCAAAGCAGUUUCUACAUGAUCCUUGCAAGGUAGUCAUUGGGUCCCAAGAUUUGAAAGCAAAUCAAUCUAUAAAGCAAGUCGUUGAAGUUGUUUCAGAUUUAGAGAAGUACAACAGGUUAAGUGGACUUUUGAAAGAAGUGAUGGAUGGAAGCAGAAUUCUAAUAUUUGUUGGGACAAAGAAAGGGUGUGAUCAUAUUACGAGACAAUUAAGAAUGGAUGGAUGGCCUGCUUUAUCUAUCCAUGGUGAUAAAAACCAGGACGAACGGGACUGGGUUUUGACUGAAUUUAGAAGCGGCAGAAGUCCUAUAAUGAUUGCCACUGAUGUUGCUGCACGUGGUCUUGAUGUGAAGGGUAUAAAAUUUGUAAUCAAUUAUGAUUUUCCUACAUGCCUUGAAGAUUAUGUUCAUAGGAUAGGAAGAACUGGUCGUGCUGGUGCCAAGGGAACUGCGUUUACAUUUUUUACCCAGGGGAAUGCAAAGUUCGCUAGAGAGCUUGUUAAGAUCCUUCAACAAGCAGAACAAAUUAUUCCUCCUCAGUUGGCUGCAAUGGCACAUUCAGGUAGUCUCAGCUUUGGAGCUACAGGCAGCAGCUUUCGCUCUAGAGGACGGGGAGGCUUUGGGAACCAACGCUCGGUUUCUGGAUCUAAUUCAAUUCCAAUUGGUGCAAGGAAGCAAUGGUAGUUUUAUGCAGGGCCCCUAUACAUGUUUUGUUGUACACUUGGUGUAGUUCUAGAUAUCCUUAUGGCUUACUGACCAUGUGAAAUAACCUCAAAACUGAAUUCUUUUAUAUUAAAUGGGGGGAUCUAAUGCCGAAUUGACAUUGUUAUUGAUCUCUAGAUUUAAAAGUUUGUACAACUUUAUACGGCAAUUGAGCAUUUUCUUUGUGUUAUAGCUACAUUUUGCUAGGUUCUUUUGAUAUUAGAACCUAAUACGGAGUAUCAUAUUAUGACAUUGGGCAAUUAAGGUGGAUCGUUUGUAAAAUCAAUAGUUUUUAUCCCC